AUGGACAUCCAUAUCGAUGGGCAUCGCGUGGCCUUCAACAACGCCUUCCAUUCCAUCGGCAUGGACUGCGUGCAGUGGGCCCCCGCCGUGUACAACGACCUGCUGGGCUGCAGUGACGGCACGGGGGAGGGCCUUAUCACGGCAUACUACACAACCGUGGGCUGGCCAGUCAUGUUAGCCACCUCGGAGCGACCCGCCUUCGUUCGCAAGGUGCACUCUCUCAAGGAGGGGCAGCUAGCUAAGCUGCUCGCUGCCGAUCGGGUGCCUCUGAGGCCAGACGUGAAGCAGGUAGGUCCGGCAGGGCGCGCGGGAGGCGGCUCCGUGGAGAUGAAGCGGACGACGCCGAGGAGGGUGAUUUCCGACGCGGUGACGAGCGGCGCCGCGGUAUCGUUGCUGUGCGGCACUCAGUGCACGCUACCUGAGGACCUGGCGGCCUCGUGCCGGCGACUGCUGGGACCCGACCUGGCGGCGGCGCUGACUGAGCAUGUCUGGGCAGGCGACGAGGCGCCCACGCAGAUGCUGUCCCAGAUGCUCUCCGCGGCCGCCGGAGACCUUAAACAGCGGGCAGCCAUGCAGCUGGUGUGCACUUGGCAGUCCGAAAGGCGGAAGGAAGACGGUGAAGGCCAGCCCAUGGGUGUGGGGCUGGACCCCUCCCUCAUGGCUGCCGGGGGUUCCCAGCAGCGGGUCAGUUCCGAGUUCCUAGCAGCACUGGUGGCCACCACGGGCACACCGGCAAGCAGCACGUUGGCGGUGGCAGCCAGCAACGCCAUGCUGCAGGCUGCUGCUGGUUCGGGCUUGUUCCCCGUGGCCGUGCCGCGACGGUUCGCAACGCAGGGGAGCUUCCCAGCGGCGAGAGCCAAGUUCGACGGCUUCGGUCCCGGCCUGGCCACGUGGCCGCGCUUGCGGGCUCUGCUUGCUAACAGUAACGGCAAUGGUGGUAUGGGCAGGUAG